GAUAAUGCGAAAAGUCGAAUUUUCUCCUUCUGUCGUCGGAAAAGAGCGCUUUCCCGGCGGCCCUCUUUAAUUGACUGUCGCAGAUUGGAUGUUUACGUUUUAUUUGUUUAUUGUCUAGCAAUCUGUAAAGUCUUUUCAAAAUGGUGAUAGAGACUUUUCAGAGUACGCGCUACGCACCUUCUACAGGAAUGUCAUCAAAGGAAUUAUGCGAGAAUGAUGAUUUAGCCACAAGUCUCGUCGUUGAUCCUUUCUUGGGAUUUCCUUCACACAAAAUGAACAUAAGGUUUCGUCCAGUGACAAGUAAAACUGAACAUCUACGAGGAACUGUAGACAAAUACAAAGAGCACAAAAUCAGUCUAGAGACUGCCUUUAAAGCUUUAACCUCAGGGCAUUGGUAUAGAUUAUAUUUUCUUAACAAGUCCAAGAAUCAACAAAAUACUUUCAAAGAACAUGUUUUCAGAUAUUUACAGACGUUCUCAGAGGAAUCAGGGUUUGAAGUGAAGUCUUGUUGUCGGUAUUCAUUGGAAGGACAGGGUGCCAAAAUUGUUAGUACAAAACAAUGGGAAAAAAAUGAAAAAAUUUCAUUAUUGGUUGGUUGUAUUUCUGAACUCACACCUCUUGAAGAGAAUCAGUUACUCAGGGCAGGUGAAAAUGACUUCAGUGUCAUGUAUUCUACUAGGAAGAAUUGUGCACAAUUGUGGCUUGGACCUGCUUCAUUUAUCAAUCACGAUUGUCGACCCAACUGUAAGUUUGUAUCAACUGGUCGUGAUACUGCUUGUGUUCAAGUGUUGAGAGACAUUGAACCAGAAGAAGAAAUUACCUGUUUCUAUGGCGAUGGUUUCUUUGGUGAAGACAAUUGUUAUUGUGAAUGUGAGACUUGUGAAAGGAGAAAGACAGGUGCCUUUACUCCACAGAACCCAUCUGAAAAAGAUGUGCUAAAAGAAACAUCUUACAGGUUGAGGGAAACUGAUAACAGACUUUCAAGAAUGAAACGCAAAAGUGAAGAGGGCAAGAAGUCCCGGCAGAAUGGCAGGUGUCCUGUUAGUUACAGAUCUAGAGGAAGAUCCAGUAGUGGUCGAAGUGGAAGAUCAAGACAGCGUAGUGACAAAUCAACAAGUGAUUCAGGUUUUCAGAGAUCCAGUUAUAGCUCCAGUUACAGCAAGCAACGAAACUCUGAGCUAACCAAAUAUGAUGCUGCACUCAUUAAAUCUCAUGGAUGCAAACUAUCAGAGCCAGUCAUUGUACUAACACCUCAAAAAUUAAGUCCAUCCCAAAUAGUUAAGCUUGGGCCAAAAGGCGAGGUCAUAGGUGUUUCACGUAGGAAAUUAAAGUUUAAUGAUGCCGAGGAUGGACAGACAGCUGUAGUAAAACCAUCAGGACGUGUACAACCUGGUAAUAGUGAACUUGCCGAUCAGUUGGAUUCCAUGCUGAAAUUUGAGGAUUAUGAAUACACCAGUAAAAUAAAAGAUGAAACUGAAACUGAGUAUAUUUCCGAACCAACUUUCAAUUGUCAGGACUCUUCGAUGGAAUUGAAGAAAGUAUAUAAUGAUGCUUCUGAAGAUGAUUGGCCUGACUGGAAAUGUAUUCCCUCUCCAAAAUAUGAAAUUAAACAGGGAGAGGAAUGUUCAAAAGUUGGCAAUGAUUAUGAAGCUAUGCAAGAUUGCACACUUGAAUCCGCAGGUGUUGAUCCCUGUGAACAAAUGCAGAGCUGCCAGUCCAGGAACAAUAGCAAUUCAGUUGAUGUUGCUACUGAAAUAUUAGCUUAUUCGGGUGAUGCUUCAGUAUCGUCUGACAACUGUGUCAUGAAUCUGAUUUCUGCUACUUCACAAACAGUAUCAUCUCCAGCACGUGCUUACCAAACUGAACUUGUACCUGACACAGGGGGAACUAAGUUACGUAUUAAGGCACCUCGGCCUCAUACUUAUAACAGAGCAGUUAUGGAGUGUAAUUCUGGUGACAUUGUCAUGGAACAGCUACAAAAUGGAGAUUCCUUUGGGUCGCUGCAAUAUUGUAGACUGAAAAUGAAAAACACUGGAGUGUCUCAGAUUGCAGCAAGUCACAGCACACAACAACUUGUCAGGAGUACUGUAGAAGAACAUAGAAUUUCUUCAACAAAUGGUAAAAUCGAGAAAAAAAGAAAAAAAAAUAGAUGGGAUCCUAUCAGCAAAGAAUGGACUCGAACAAAGAAAAAGAUGGUAAAAUACAAUGCUACUUUACUAUCACACCAUGAUGAUAAGAUCCCCAAAUUAACGAUAAGGUUUGCAAGGUGUAUUGAAAGUGACAACAGCAGCAGUGAAGAAGAAAAUCAGAGAACCUCCUCUGCUUCUAAAAUUUUCUUGAAGGUCAAGCCACCUAGUUCAGAAACUGAAACAUUUGCAUCAAAAGAGAGAGAUCUGCUAAAACGCAACAAAAAAAGACAAUGGCAGAAAAACUUGCAUUUUAAUGGUUACUCUCGAAAAAAAACAAAGAAGUCAAAGCAAAAGGGGAAAAAAAAAGUUAAGACAGUUCAUCAGUUUGCCCCCAGGUUGUCACAACUUCGGGAGCUGUAUGAAAAUCCAGAGCACCCUUCAUUUCAUAAAGUUGUUGACCACUUUUCACCAAGAUUGUCACAGCUCAAUAGCUCUUCUUUUGUAAAGUUUGGUGAAUCAUCCAGUGAGUUUGAGGAACAAAUUAAAAAUUGUCCACAGUCAGGGGAAUUUAAAUGGGAUAACUCAGAUGGUGACAACUGUGAAACGCCCGAGAGCCUGAUUCCAUCAUCGUCUGGAGAUGAGGAAGAUGACAAUACACUGAUAGAUUCACAUCUGCAUCUUAAACCAUACUUGCCAAAGAAACUUAAAAUGAUUGUUGGAAAAGACAGAUUUGAAGUGGCAAUACCAGAACAAAGUCAAAGUCAAGAACUCACUGAUGAACAAAGCUCUUCUCCUGAAAACUAG